UCUAAUUAGAUUAAGCAAGGCUUUCCUCAGAUAAUCAUUUAGCCAGCUCCUGUUUUUUUCUCCGAUGGAGCGUUGCUGCUGACUGCAAGCUUGCUGAAGGUCAAACUAAAAGUGUGAACAACAGGCAGUUUUUGGGAGUAAAUUGUGGUCUUGGAGUGGGUCUGCAGGCUGCUGGCUUUGGAGCUGUGGCUGGGUUAUGGGCUGUUUCUGGAGAUCUGUGUGUGACGCUGCUCAGUGUAAUCGGACCGCCACUAAUACCUGCUCCUGCUAACACAAGGCGAUGGGGGAAGUUUCUUCACAGAGUCCCUGUCAAGGUGGAUCUCCUCAGGGUGGCCACUGAAUCUCAAUUUUUGGGCAAGGCCUGUAUCACGCCCCAGAGGACAGAGUCAUGGCCAACUACAAGCCAGAGUUCAGCUGCUCUAUACAGGAGCUGCGUACUCUUAUGCAGCUCAGAGGAGAGCAGGGGCACAGGAAGAUUCAGGAGGAAUAUGAAGAUGUUCAUGGCCUAUGCUCCAGGCUGCGGACGUCACCUGUCGAAGGCUUAGAUGGAAGCCCAGAGGACAUCGAGAGGAGAAAACAAGCAUUUGGACUGAAUAUCAUACCACCUAAAAAACCAAGAACCUUCUUGGAGUUAGUGUGGGAAGCCCUUCAGGAUGCAACACUUAUCUUUCUGCAAGUGGCAGCCAUCAUUUCAUUAUGCCUUUCUUUCUACAAACCGCCAGAUGGUGAUACACAACACUGCGGGGAGGCGGUGGGUGGUGUGGAGGACGAGGAUGAGGCGGAGACUGGGUGGAUUGAAGGCGCUGCCAUUCUUCUUUCGGUGGUCUGCGUGGUUCUGGUGACAGCCUUCAAUGACUGGACUAAAGACAAGCAGUUCCGUGGCCUUCAGAGCCGAAUAGAACAGGAGCAGAAGUUCACGGUAGUCCGAGGAGGACAGGUGACUCAGAUCAAAGUGUCUGAGAUAGUGGUGGGAGACAUCGCACAAAUCAAAUACGGUGACCUCCUCCCUGCUGAUGGUGUCCUGAUUCAGGGCAAUGAUCUGAAGACUGAUGAGAGCGCUCUGACUGGAGAGUCUGAUCAUGUCAAAAAGUCUGUGGACAAAGACCCCAUGAUGCUUUCAGGUACCCAUGUGAUGGAGGGCUCUGGAAAGAUGUUGGUCACUGCUGUGGGUGUGAACUCCCAGACUGGAAUCAUCUUCAUGCUGCUUGGUGCUGGUGAAGAAGAUCAAGGUGACCUCCUCCCUACUGAUGGUGUCUUGAUUCAAGGCAAUGAUCUGAAGACUGAUGAGAGCGCUCUGACCGGAAAGUCUGGUCAUGUCAAGAAUUCAGGGGAGAAAGACUCCAAGAAGCUCACAGGUAAAAAAGCAAAGAAAGACAAAAAAGGAAAAAAGAAGGACGAAGGUAAUGCAGAGAUGCAACCACUAAAUUCAGAUGGAGAACCAAAAAAGAAGAAAGCCAAUCCACCAAAGGAGAAGUCAGUCCUCCAAGGGAAGCUGACCAAACUGGCAGUACAGAUUGGCCGAGCAGGUCUGUUUAUGUCGCUUCUCACUGUCAUCAUCCUGAUUACUCGAUUUGCAAUAGACACUUUUGCAGUUCAAGGACUAUCACCAACCACAGAGUGUGUGCCCAUAUACAUUCAGUUUUUGGUUAAGUACCUCAUCAUCGGUGUGACAGUGCUGGUGGUGGCUGUACCUGAAGGUCUCCCUCUGGCUGUCACUAUCUCUCUGGCCUAUUCAGUCAAGAAAAUGAUGAAGGACAACAACCUUGUGCGUCACUUGGAUGCCUGUGAGACGAUGGGUAACGCUACAGCCAUCUGCUCUGACAAGACAGGCACGCUCACCAUGAACCAAAUGACAGUGGUGCAGGCCCAUAUAGCAGGACAGUACUAUAAGAAGAUGCCACAGCCAGACCUGAUCCCCCCCAACAUCUUGGACCUGCUCGUCAGAGGUAUCGCGAUCAACAGCGCCUAUACCACCAAGAUUAUGCCUCCAGAGAAGGAGGGUGGGCUGCCUCGUCAGGUAGGCAACAAGACGGAAUGUGCCUUACUUGGGCUCAUCGUUAACCUACGUAGAGACUAUCAGAGUAUUCGCAAUGAAGUCCCUGAGGAGAGAUUCAUCAAGGUGUACACCUUCAACUCUAUAAGAAAGUGUAUGAGCACUGUGGUGAGGAACCAUGAUGGUGGUUACCGAAUGUUCUGCAAGGGAGCGCCAGACAUCCUGCUAAAGAAUUGCUCUAAGAUCUUAUCAGCCAGUGGUGAGGCCAUAGCCAUGAAACCUCAGGUCAGAGCCGACCUGGAGAAGAAUGUCAUCAAGUCAAUGUCGUCUGAGGGACUGAGGACUAUCUGCCUUGCCUACAGAGACUUUCCUCCCACUGAAGAAGAGCCAAACUGGGAAAAUGAGCCUCAGAUUUUCAGCGGACUCACGUUCAUCUCUGUAGUUGGCAUUGAGGACCCUGUGCGACCUGAGGUGCCAGACGCCAUCAAGAAGUGUCAGAAGGCUGGCAUUACUGUCCGCAUGGUGACUGGAGACAACAUUGACACGGCUCGGGCCAUCGCCACCAAAUGUGGUAUCCUGCCUCCCGGAAGUGACUAUUUGUGUUUAGAAAGCAAAGAGUUCAACCGACGGAUCCACAACGAACGAGGAGAGAUUGAACAGCAGCGUUUUGACAAUAUUUGGCCGACGCUGAGAGUCCUUGCCAGAUCAUCUCCAAUGGACAAACACACACUAGUCAAAGGUAUCAUUGACAGCACAGUGGUGAAGCAGAGGCAGGUUGUCGCAGUAACGGGAGAUGGAACUAAUGAUGGACCUGCCUUAAAGAAAGCAGACGUUGGCUUUGCUAUGGGUAUUGCAGGGACAGAUGUGGCAAAGGAGGCAUCUGAUAUCAUCCUGACAGACGAUAACUUCAGCAGCAUCGUGAAGGCAGUGAUGUGGGGAAGAAACAUCUAUGACAGCAUCUCCAAGUUUCUGCAGUUCCAGCUCACUGUAAAUGUGGUUGCAGUCAUUGUGGCAUUUACUGGAGCCUGCAUCACCCAGGACUCUCCUUUGAAAGCCGUGCAGAUGUUGUGGGUGAACCUUAUCAUGGACACCUUUGCUUCACUGGCUCUGGCCACAGAGCCUCCAACCGAGGCCCUGCUGCAGAGGAGCCCAUAUGGCCGCAAUAAACCCCUCAUCUCCUACACCAUGAUGAAGAAUAUCCUGGGGCAUGCCAUUUACCAACUUACCGUCAUCUUCACCCUGCUGUUUGUAGGUGAGCAGCUGUUUGACAUCGACAGCGGGAGGGAUGCCCCCCUUCAUUCUCCGCCCUCUGAACACUACACCAUUGUGUUCAACACAUUCGUCCUGAUGCAGAUUUUCAAUGAGUUCAAUGCCCGCAAGAUCCAUGGAGAAAGGAAUGUCUUUGAGGGUGUCUUCAGAAAUCCCAUUUUCUGCUUCAUUAUACUGGGGACCGUCUUAGUACAGGUGAUCAUUGUGGAAUUUGGUGGGAAGGCCUUCAGCUGUACAAAGCUGACCAUUGACCAGUGGCUGUGGUGUAUCUUCCUAGGAGUUGGCAGCCUACUGUGGGGCCAGCUGGUAUCCAGCAUCCCCAGCAGGUGGCUGAAGGUCAUGAAGGCAAGAUGCCGUGGCAAACAUAAGGAGCAGAUAUCAGAAGACGAACUGGAGUACAAAGAUGAGAUCGACCACACUGAGAUAGAGCUGAGGAGGGGCCAGAUGCUCUGGUGUCGAAGCCUGAACCGUAUCCAAACUCAGAUCCGUGUGGUGAACGCCUUCAGGGACCGUGUGUCUCCUUUAGAAAGCCUGGAGACACCAGAGUCCCGCAGCUCCAUCCACAACUUCAUGAAUGACCCCGAGUUCCGCAUCGAGGACGCUGACCCUCAGAUCCCUCUGAUCGACGAGGUUGACGGCGAGGACGAAGCCCCCACCAAACGCAACUCUAUCUAUAUUCCGCCGCCACUCACUGGACUGACCACUCUGCCCCCACUGGUCUCUGCAUCCAACCAGAAUAACAACACCACAGACUGUGUCAUUCAGAUUCACAAGGACGGCGCCCGGCCCGCCCUGAUUCCACUGAACUCAGCAGGGCUUCCUCCGUGUCCUGGGAGCCCCCUGCACAGCCUGGAGACCUCCCUCUGAAACCCCCUCCCCACCACACAACUACUCCUGUCCACAAGGAUGCAGAUGUAUGAACAGACUGGCUGACGCGUUGGCCUGUUGUUUGUUGUUGUUGUUUGUAGUUUGAUGUGUCACAUACAGAGCGGAAUUAGUUUGUGUUGAGUUGAAGGUGACGUGUUUGUUCAGAUUUCAGUUGUAUCAUAUCCUAUAUCAGUUGUACUCUGUAGUUUAAAUGUCUAAUGUUGGGUUUUAUUUUAGAACCUUUUUUUAAAAAUGUUUUAUUUAAUGUAAACAUAUUCAAAAGUCUUAAAACAAAAAGUUGUUUGAAAUGAACAAAUAUUCAGAGCCAGACAGAUCACAUCACAUGAAUGAAAUGUUUUGUCAGGUUAAAUGACUAAAAUGAUUUUUUGGUUUUUGUUCAAAUAAAAUUAUUUAAUUUAAAGACA